GAGCCGUAGCCAAUCGAGUCGUCGCUGAGGCCCGUGGACCGAGUGCGGGGGAGGGGACUUCUUCCGGCGGGGCCCAGGGGGGAAGCUUCGUACGUUGAAGGACACUGCCUGCGGAGUUCGUGCUUUUGAGCGAGAUUGAAAUCAUGGCAGGUCCAGAAUCUGAUGCCCAAUUCCAGUUCACUGGUAUCAAAAAAUAUUUCAACUCUUACACUAUCACAGGUAGAAUGAAUUGUGUAAUAGCCACAUAUGGAAGCAUUGCUUUGCUGGUUAUGUACUUCAAGUUACGGUCCAAGAAAACUCCAGCUGUGAAAGCAACAUGAAAAGAUUAUAAACUGUACCUCAUCUAUUAAUUUCCCAUGCCUGGAGAAGCUAAUGUCAACUCAUCAUGUGAUACUCAAUUUGUACAAUAAAUUAUGAACCUGGAAAA